CAUUGCCAUUUGAUGACCGUUGAAAUUUCAAAGUCUUCUGCUCUGCUCUGCCCCUUACCCAUCAAGAUCUAUCACUCAAAUUUCAAACCAUCUCUGCAAAAUUCCAUCUUCUGCUCAAAAACCCACAUGGCAAUCUCAAAAUUAGAGAUGGGUUUUCAAAAGGAAGAGAAAUCAACGAAGAUUUUGAGAGCUUUGAAGAUCCUCUUCUUCUUAAUCUCCAUCUUCAUAUCUCUGCUUUUCUUCUCUGCUCCAAUUCUUCUCGCCAUUGCCGAUGCUCUUCUUCCUUCUGCUCUGCUCUCCGCUUUCCUUUAUCCCGAUUCCCUUUCCUUCAAAUCUCUCUCUUCCCAUCUCCAAAACUACCGUUUUGCUUCCUCUUUAGUUGACAUUCCACUCAUCUCCAUUUCCAGAUCCGCCAUUCUCAUCUGUUUUUACAGUUUGUGCAAUGGCCCGAAGCUAUCUCGAGGGCCAUAUUUAGCGGCGGUGAUGGCUUGUUCUUUGGUGUCGCUGGUUUUUGUUUCAAUGAAAGCUUGGUUUGUGUUUGGUGAAAUAAGGAUAAAGGGAGGAGCGGCCAUGGAAAUGGCGUUGUUUUCUUGCUCUCUGUUUUUGGGUGUUUCCCAUAUUGUUGUGGCGUACAGAGCUAGUUGCAGAGAAAGAAGGAAGCUUCGGGUUUAUGAAAUCGACAUUGAAGCUGUUUCAGCUUGCCAUAAAGGGUUCCUACACUACAAAAAGUUCAGUUUGGAGGCCAAAACUGUACAGUAAAUUCAUGGAACGCAUGUUAAUUGAUACGUUACUGAUGAUAGGCUUAUUUAAAUUUGGGAGAGUUUUGAAAGUUAAAUAGGAAAAAGGGGUUUCAAACUUAUUUAGGGGAAAUGAAGAUUUUUUUUGUCCCCAUCCGAAUGCGUCUCUUCCAUUCGGGAAUAUUUUAUUAUUUUUUUCCAUAUUAAAUGUAUCUCUUCAAGAGACCCAUUCGAGAGUA